AUUCCGAUUAGUACCAAUGCAGACGGAAGCUACAUCUCCAAUAUCCUCUCUGCGAGUCACCAAAGAAGAUCAACACGGGAGGUGUCCCAGAGCCCCAAGCAGCUGUAUUUUAACGUCACUGCAUUUGGAAGGGAAUUCCAUCUCCGGCUGAAACCCAACACUCGUUUAGUGGCUCCUGAGGCCAUAGUGGAGUGGUACGAAGACUCUGUGGAAACUGGAAACGAUGCUGGUAACACGAGUCAGGCUGGAACUGCUACAGAGAGAUUAUGGAAAAGAGAGCCCCUGUGGACCAAUUGCGCCUAUGUGGGAGACAUAACUGACAUCCCCGGAGCUUCUGUUGCUAUUAGCAAUUGUGAUGGUCUGGCUGGAAUGAUAAGAACUGAUAAGGAUGAAUACUUCAUUGAGCCUUUGGAAAGAGGAAAGCAAAUGGAAGAGGAAAAAGGAAGAAUCCACAUGGUGUACAGGCGAUCCGCUGUAGUGCAGCAUCCCACCGAUACGCUCCCUGAUGUCCAUACAGAAGACUCUCUUCUUGGUGGCCUUGGAGACCUGAGUUCCCUGUACAGCAGUGUAGAGCAGCAACUGAACGAAACCCUGAGACAACGCAGGCACGCAGGAGAUGACGACUACAACAUUGAGGUGCUGCUAGGUGUGGAUGACUCUGUCGUCCGAUUCCAUGGCAAAGAACACGUUCAAAACUACCUCCUCACCCUCAUGAACAUCGUGAAUGAAAUUUACCAUGAUGAAUCCCUGGGUGUUCACAUAAAUGUUGUGCUGGUCCGAAUGAUCAUGCUGGGGUAUGCAAAGUCCAUUAGCUUAAUUGAAAGGGGGAAUCCCUCAAGAAGCUUGGAGAAUGUUUGCCGCUGGGCUUAUCAGCAGCAGAAGUCGGAUCCAAAUCACUCUGAGCACCACGAUCAUGCCAUCUUCUUAACCAGGCAAGAUUUUGGGCCUGCUGGUAUGCAAGGAUAUGCUCCUGUUACUGGCAUGUGUCACCCAGUCCGAAGCUGUACUCUCAACCAUGAGGAUGGGUUUUCAUCAGCUUUUGUUGUUGCUCAUGAAACUGGUCAUGUGCUGGGAAUGGAGCACGAUGGGCAAGGGAACAGAUGUGGGGAUGAGACAGCAAUGGGGAGUGUUAUGGCUCCCCUGGUGCAGGCUGCCUUUCAUCGUUACCACUGGUCCAGAUGCAGCGGCCAAGAACUCAAAAGAUACAUACACUCUUAUGACUGUCUUCUUGACGACCCUUUCGAACAUGAUUGGCCCAAGCUUCCUGAACUGCCAGGCAUCAAUUAUUCCAUGGACGAACAGUGCCGCUUUGAUUUUGGCGUUGGCUAUAAAAUGUGCACAGCGUUCCGAACCUUUGACCCAUGCAAGCAGUUGUGGUGUAGCCAUCCAGAUAACCCAUAUUUCUGUAAGACUAAGAAAGGACCUCCACUCGAUGGGACAGAAUGUGCCCCUGGAAAAUGGUGCUAUAAAGGUCACUGCAUGUGGAAGAAUGCUAACCAGCUGAAGCAGGAUGGCAACUGGGGAGCCUGGACAAAAUUUGGCUCCUGCUCACGGACCUGUGGAACUGGAGUUCGCUUUCGAACACGCCAGUGCAACAAUCCAAUGCCCAUUAAUGGAGGUGAAGAUUGUGCUGGUGUCAAUUUUGAGUUUCAGCUUUGCAAUACAGAGGAGUGUCCGAAGCACUUUGAGGACUUCAGAGCACAGCAAUGUCAGCAACGCAAUUCCCACUUUGAGUAUCAGAACAGCAAGCACCACUGGCUGCCAUAUGAACACCCUGACUCUAAUAAGAGAUGUCACCUGUACUGCCAAUCCAAAGAAACCGGAGAUGUUGCUUAUAUGAAACAGCUGGCACAUGAUGGGACUCGCUGUUCCUAUAAAGAUCCCUACAGCAUUUGUGUUCGUGGAGAAUGCGUGAAAGUGGGUUGUGACAAGGAAAUUGGCUCCAAUAAGGUUGAAGAUAAGUGUGGCGUCUGUGGUGGGGAUAACUCUCAUUGCCGAACUGUGAAGGGAACCUUUACCCGCACUCCCAAAAAGCUUGGGUACCUUAAGAUGUUUGAUAUCCCUCCUGGUGCUCGACAUGUGUUUAUCCAAGAAGACGAGGCUUCUCCUCACUUUCUUGCAAUUAAGAACCAGGCUACGGGACACUAUAUUCUGAAUGGGAAAGGGGAGGCGGCCAGAUCCCGAUCUUUCAUCGACCUGGGCGUGGAGUGGGAGUACAACAUAGAAGACGACAUAGAAACUCUCCACACUGAUGGGCCCUUGCACGAUGCAGUGGUUGUGCUGAUCAUUCCUCGGGAAAAUGACACAAGAUCUAGCCUGACUUACAAAUACAUCAUUCACGAGGAUUCAGUAUCAACUAUCAACAGCAACAAUGUCCUACAGGAAGAAAUAGAUACUUUUGAGUGGGCGUUAAAGAGUUGGUCGCAGUGCUCCAAACCCUGUGGUGGAGGGUUCCAAUAUACCAAAUAUGGGUGCCGCAGGAAAAGUGAUAACAAAAUGGUUCAUCGCAGCUUCUGUGAAGCCAGCAAAAAGCCAAAGCCCAUUCGCAGAAUGUGCAAUCUUCAAGAAUGCACACAGCCUCUCUGGGCAGCAGAUGAGUGGGAAUACUGCACAAAAACCUGUGGGAAUUCAGGCUACCAGAUCCGUACUGUGCGUUGCAUUCAACCCCUUCAUGACGGUGCAAACCGCUCUGUCCAUUUCAAGUACUGUAGUGGGGAUCGCCCGGAGAGCCGCAGGCCGUGCAACCGCAUACCAUGCCCUGCACAGUGGAAAGCUGGACCCUGGUCUGAGUGUUCUGUGACCUGCGGUGAGGGAACUGAGACCCGGCAGAUCAUGUGCCGUGCUGGUGACCAGUGCAAUGGAGAAAAGCCGGAAUCAGUGAGGGUUUGUAAACUCGCUCCGUGUAAUGAUGAACCCUGUAUGGGAGACAAAUCUAUCUUCUGUCAAAUGGAAGUGCUUGCACGUUACUGUUCCAUCCCUGGCUACAACAAGCUGUGCUGCGAGUCCUGCAGCAAGCGCAGCAGCACCCUCCCACCGCCGUUCCUUACCGAAGCUGCUGAAACUGAAGAGGAAGCAAUGUUUGAUCAGAGCCAUCUGCCUAGGGCUCUGAUGAUGCCAACACCUGUAGUGCCCAACCACGCACAGUUCCUGCCUCGGAGAAGUUCUCUGGGCAGGCAUUCUUUUGCAGAAGAGGACACAGAUACGCACAUCUCCCCGUCCAAUUCCAAGCCCAAAAGUGCUGAAUUUCCACAAUGGAGAGCUCCUCAGACAAGGAAGACUUCUAGGCUGUUUGCUUUGCUGCACCAGUCACCUGCCAACGGCAGCAGUCUCAGUCCUCAUAAUGCCUUUGCAUUGGCAGCAGCUGGUCCUGUGGUGCCAGCUAAUAACACCACAAUGGGUGCUCCUUCUCCAUCAAGAACCUCAAGGAAGAGCGAGAAGCAUGUUGAAGAGAGAUGGCCUUUGAGGUCCUCCACUGUGGAAACAUGA